AUGUCUGUACAGUCGCUGAACCAGAGUUCUGCCUUCCAGGCACGAUCACUCUUUCGAUCUCUCCUACGCCAGUCGAACCAAUUCUCCGCCUACAACUUCCGAGAAUACGCGCGAAGGCGAACCAUCGAUGCGUUCAGGGAACACCAGCAUGAGACUGAGGAGCGGAAGAUACAGGAGUUCAUGCAGAAGGGGUUGACCAACCUGCGGAUGAUGAAGACCCUGGCUAAUCGCGUAUUCCAACAGAGACAAACAGUGAUAAGUCAGUUCUACCAGUUGGACAGACUGGUUGUAGAAGGGCAGAAGACAGGCAAGGAAUCCGGGAACGAAGGCAGCAUAGUUCGACAAAAUGACUCUGGAUUUAAUGCUCCAAAAAUUGUCCAUAUCUUUUAUAUCUUCUUCUCUUCUCUUGCUUCUCUGUCUUACUCGGGUUACGGCUCUACGGCUGUAUGGACGGUGGCUGGAGGCAAAUCUCCCCAGGCGCGUCAAGGGCAGCAUCGCGAGAAUGAAGAUCUAUAUUUCAUGCGCGCAACACAUAUUCACAGUCAGGACACGCUGAAUCGAUCCUCUCGCCCUAAUCGAUCGGGCCCAAUCGAUCACGAUGUCUUUGAGGGACUGCCGGUCCGCCGCUGGUCUCGCCAGGUAACCACCUUCUCUCAAGAACCAAAACCGGCGGAGGAAGAAACGAGCAUAGUAGACCCCCAGAGCCUACCGGAACUGCCUAUGCCUAGAGACAGCAACCUCUUGACACCCGUCAGCCGAGCGCUUCUUCGUGCUGCCAGAGCCGGAUGUACCUACAUACGGCCUGUCCGCAAGGACCCAGAGCCUGAGGAAAUUGAACAGAAAGAUGACGAUGAUACGCUCACAGAGCCGCCGGUGGUCGAGCGGACUUUUACAGCUACGAAAUGGACGAUAGUGCCUAGGACCGUCGAGCUUCCUGAGGUGGAAUUCUUGGCUCCCAGGAGAGCUGGGCUGCCGUCUUUAUAUGGAGCUGGAGCUCAAUCCAACGGCGCCACAGCCGCUGGCUCGUCCACUCCGAUGCGAAAGACAAAGUUUAAAAAGAUAGACCCUACGACUGGCACUAUAUCAAUAUAUGAAGCCUGGGUUCCGGACGGUUACGAGGUGGAAGGGGAGAUCGUCCAGGAAGCCCAGGUCAUAGCAGCAAAUCCAGACGCUAAGGUUGUGAACGUUGACCCGGCCCCGGGAACUGUGGUUGCGGAUAUUGGAGUGGUGAAUCAAGAGGGCGUGGUGGUUGCCAGCACUGAGGGCAGCGCAGUCGUGCCCAAGCAGAUCAAGGCAAAACGGAAACUGAAGGCCGGCAAGUCAAAGAGCAGAAAGAAGGUGAUGUUUGCUCCCGGGAAUGGAACAGGACAGCCGGUGGCCCCUGGAGCUGAAGCAUCAGGGGACGCAGCAGUCCAGUCCGCUGUUUCAGGAAAUGACGCGACGACUUCUGGAACCGAUCAUGCAGCAGAAGACGAAGAGGAGGAAGACGACGAUGAGGAGGGCGAGGAGAGCGACGAGGAGGACGAAACGGCACCCAACGCCAAGCCUACUCCAAUGUCUGACGGCCCGGGUGAUAGAAACAGUACCACUCCGGCCGUUGAUACCCCGUUAGGCUCGCAGAAUAUGCUUCAACAAUCACCUUCCGGCGGACAAGAAUCUACUGUACAAACAUCUACGGAACCUCCUCAAGGCCCCUCGAGCUCACCGGAAGCACCACUUGCCACGACUUCCAUCUCUAAACACUCUUCAAAAUCACCCGCCGAAGGACCAACGAAGGCCACCAUUUCGACUGAAGCUUCAGACACAGCCGUACUUUCAACUGUAUCACAGCAAGGGGGGACUGCCGAUCAGCCUCCAGCUACCACGGUCAAUGAUGCAAAAACCGCUUCUCCCAUAGUACCUAUCCCGGAAAGCCUCGACGUCAAAACGGACGCAGCUGAGGGGGCAAAUCGGGUUUCCCCUGGGAAAGUCGUUAGUCCCCAAACAUCGGCCAAGGAAGAGCAGGUUUCACAACCGGAUCUCCCACCAGGCAGUGAGGCAGAAGCUAAAUCCCAGAGUCCUCCUGUUGCUCACACGUCAGAUCCAAUGCCCGGGCCUAUAUCCGAACCCCCCCCUAAUCCAUCCCGUCCAUCCUCCAAUGAGCCUGCGGAGGCACAAACUGCCACCACCUCUCUACAUCCACCUGAAACAACUGAAAACAAACCCCAACCAACCUCAACUGGCGCCGUCCACUUCGAAGACGGGGAAGUCGAUCUCUUGGGAAGCCUUGAGGCGAGCUUAGAUAAAAACCCGGGCUCUACUAAGCAAAGUAAGCCAGAGGAUACACCAGCUAGGACCACAGAACAGAAAGGAGAUGAUACCAAUGCCCAUUCUGAAAUACCCUCUGCUAAAGAUGGAGAAAGCAAUAACGAUGGGAAAGAUGUUGAAAUGACUGGUUAA